UUAUUUUAUUCAACUGUGACCUAGCAACUGAUUUAGGAGGGUGUGGGCGAGGCUCGAGACGAAGAGCGGCCAGCAGCAGAAGGAAAUGGACGCCGUUGGCGUGCUCGCAAAAAUCCCCUCUGCUCUACCCAAAACUCUCGCAUCCCCGCCAAGGCAUGCCGCCGUUCGCGCUUCACUCCGUGCCCAUGGCGUCGCCCAUACCUUCUCUCUCCCCUCGCACGCAGCCUCGCAGCCCCUUCGCUUCCCCAGCCUCAUCCCGUCUUCCUCCCGCCGUCGCGCCGGCCGCCGCGCUGGGACCAGUUCUACGCGCGUAUUCCUCACCCACCUCGUCGCUUCAAUGGACGGGGUUGAGGAGACUUACAUUAUGGUAAAGCCGGAUGGUGUGCAACGCGGACUGGUUGGGGAAAUCAUUUCCCGGUUUGAAAAGAAGGGUUUUUUGCUCAAAGGCUUGAAGCUUUUUCAGUGCCCAAAGGAGUUAGCUGAGGAACAUUAUAGGGAUCUCAAAGACAAGUCUUUCUAUCCCAAGUUGAUAAAUUAUAUCACUUCAGGCCCGGUUGUUUGUAUGGCUUGGGCAGGUGUUGGUGUUGUUGCAUCAGCACGUAAGCUCAUAGGAGCAACGAAUCCUCUUCAAGCUGAACCAGGAACAAUACGAGGUGACCUGGCAGUUCAAACAGGAAGAAAUGUUGUACAUGGAAGUGACAGUCCUGAGAAUGGUCACCGUGAAGUUGCUCUGUGGUUUACAGAAGAAGAGUUAUGUCAAUGGAUACCAGCCCAAGCACAUUGGCUGAUGGAGUAAGGUUUAGCCAAUGAUUCCAGUAAUAUACAUGUUGUCUAGUAUAUACUUCAUGUCUAUCGCGGCUCAUGAAAUGCCACUUGAUUGAGGUUACUGUCGCCUCGAGAUCUGAUGGUUACUCCUGAUUAUUAUGAAAUGUGUUCUUGUAAUACCACCAAUCAAGUUUUAGGUGGUGAACCAUGAAGUUCUCAGUUCAAUGAAUUCGUUGUAUGUUGUUUAAAA